AUGGUCCUCAAACACGAGGAGGCGAGCGAAGAUUCGGCGCUUAGCUCAGCCUUUCAGCAUUACAACCGACUUAUCGUAGACGAGCAUCGGGUUAGGAAUGGUGCCAUCGUCAGAGCAAGGCUGAAAGCACUGUUCCUUGCAUGCCCGAAUCUCACCAAGCUUUCUUUCAACAUGAAAGACAUACUUCAUCCGAACAAGGCGUUCGAGAAUCCGGAAUGGCUUUGCGGGCUUCGUGUGCCACACGGAGCUUUCGACUCAGGCCCACAUGUUUUCGGCCAGGCGUUGCUAGCUGCUUAUGAUGCGUCACUUGAUCUGCGAGAUCUGUCUGUGGGUAUCGUUAGCUCGAUCUCCAUGAAAGAUGUCGACACGACCCUGACUCUCGCCGCCAUCAAGAAUUUGACCAGGCUCCAUUGGAAGUGCGAAGACCCUGAUUCAAUAGAUGAAGACCUGCGUGGCAACGACGAUCCUGCCCUUCACCAAUCUGUGGGAGGCAUUCAAGACAGCCAUCUGGCCACCAGGCUAUCGAAUUGUCCGCGACUUGAGACUCUCUUACUGGAUUUGUCGUAUCGCUCGUCUGCCAGUUCAAGAGUAGAUCUUCGACUCCUCUUCCCACAUGCAUCUGUCUUGCGUCACCUACGACGUGUCCGCAUGACGAACUUUCAGGCCACGCCAGAACGACUCUCGUCGUUCUUGUUGAACCACGCAUUAACGCUACAGUACCUCCAUUUACACAAUGUCCAUUUAUACGAACACGAUGAAGGCGAACAGUGGCGCGAGCAGCCCGAUGAGAAUGGGAUCUUCUGGCAGACGUGCAUCGAAGCAUUCGCUGGGAACUUGACGCACUUGAAGGAGGUCCGACUAACUGGCAGGUUUACCAGCCAUGCUAGCAACGGAUUGUGGUAUUAUGGCAGAAAGUCCAGGAGCUGUUCUGGCGAGGAUGGCUAUGAGCGCAGCUCAAGUGAGGUUAUUGAUUAUAUCCUGACGAGUACUUGCCAGUACUACUUUCCAGCGCCGUCGUUCGAUGUGGAUCUGGCCAGGAUGACCCCUAUGUGGGAUCCUGAGGACGAUGAUACUUGGGGGUUAAGUAGCUCAUCUUCGGGCGAGGACGAUGCAACAGAGGACGACGAUGAUGUGUCUGAAAGCGAUGAAAGUGACUCCGAAGACGAGGAAGCAUAG